AUGCGUCCCUCCACUUUCGUUGCCGGCCUUGCUGCCGUUGCUGCUCCCGCUCUGGCCCAGAACAUGUCCAUCUGUGACAAGUACACCACUGCUCUCCUCAAGGAGAACACUGGCGCCAACCAAUUGACUCUGUUGACCCUCCUCGUCAACACUGUUGUCAUUGGUAACUACACUCAGCCCAACAUGAACGCUGUCCCCGGUAUCCUUGCCAAGGGUGACUACAUGGGCACUGAGGUCAACCUCCUCCCCUACUUCAACGGUGGUCUUGCCUCGUCCAACCGUGGUGGUAGCAUGGGUGUCUCCAUCAACUUCCUCGACGAUGGUGGUGCUGUCCCUCUCACCAUGAACAAGCCUUCCAACGGCACUUCAUCCAACCAGUACAAGCUCAUGACCCACUUGUACCAGUACUUCGGUGCUCUCCUUGGCUGCUCUGCCACCGGCUUCCCCAGCUACCAGGGCUUCGGAUCCCAGGCCGCUGUCCACAGAUUCAUGGACCUCUCUGCUGCAGAGGUCGGCUACUUCAUUGAGCAAGUCGCCCUUGCUGCCACCUCCUUCGGUGUCAGCGCUGAUGAUGUCGCCACCGUCGGCAAGGCCCUCAACACCAUCUUCAACGUCCGCUGCGCUCCCCCCACCACCGUCAUCCCUGCCCAGGGUGCUCAGCUCCAGAGCAUCUGCGAGGACGAGACCUGCCCCCUCGCCCCCAUGGCCACCUGCGCCGCCUACCCUCCCACCAUGAAGCCCGCUAAGGUCAACUCCACCAUGGCCGGCUCCAACUCUUCCUCCUCUGGCUCCAUGGCCAGCGGCACCAUGGGCGGUGCUGCCGCCACCUCCUCCAAGCCCGCUUCCUACACUGGUGCUGCCAUGAAGGUCGGUGCCGGUGUUGCUGGUCUCUUGGGCGCUGCCGCCCUCGCUCUGUAA